AUGGGGAAGCGAGACAACCGCGUGGUGAGUACUCGGUGGGGGGAAGCGAGGGAUGCGGCGGGGCCGCGGGGAGCGAGCGGAAGCCGUCGCGGAGGGGCCGGCGGCCGCGGCGCUCCCACGGUCCCCGAGACCCCCGCGCCUCGCGGUGCGCGUGCGCCGUGCUCGCCCUCGGCGCCUGGGGCUGCGGGCCCGGGGACCGCUCGCCCCGCAGCGGCCUACAUGAAUCCAAUAGCGAUGGCUCGAUCGAGGGGUCCAAUCCAGUCUUCAGGGCCAACAAUCCAGGACUAUCUGAAUCGACCAAGGCCUACCUGGGAGGAAGUAAAGGAGCAGCUAGAAAAGAAAAAGAAGGGUUCCAAAGCUUUGGCCGAAUUUGAAGAAAAAAUGAACGAGAAUUGGAAAAAAGAACUAGAAAAACACAGAGAGAAGUUAUUAAGUGGAAAUGAAAGCUCAUCCAAAAAAAGACAGAGAAAGAAGAAAGAAAAGAAGAAAUCUGGUAGGUAUUCAUCUUCUUCUUCAUCGAGCUCUGAUUCUUCCAGCAGUUCCUCGGACUCUGAAGAUGAGGAUAGAAAACAAGCAAAAAGGAGGAAGAAAAGGAAGAGCCGUAGCCAUCGGUCUCCUGAGAGCUCAGCGUCAGACUCCGCCUCGGAUAGCAAGGACAGCUCAAAAAAGAAAAAGAAAUCAAAGGAUGUGGCUGAGAAAGAUAAGGACACUAAGGGACUCAGCAAAAAAAGAAAGCUGUAUGACGACAGAGCACUGUCCUCUGAGUCAUCUUCAGAGUCGGAUUAUGAAGAGGUGCAAGCAAAACGGAAGAAAAGCGGUGAAGAGCGCGAGAGAACAGAUAAGGCCAAGAAGAGAAGGAAGCAUAAGAAGCACAGCAGCAAGAAGAAGAAAAAGAAGGCUGCUGGUUCAAGUUCAGACUCACCGUAGCGUCUGGAAGACCAGCGUCCCCAUCGAGUGCAAUGUCGAAGGAGCUCUCAACUGUGAAGACUAUGACAUACGGAGUGACGUGCAUGAACCCCCUUGUUUAGACUUGUCCUGGACUAGUCACAGCCACUCGGACACCGCGGUGUGA